AUGUAUGGGCGCACAAACUUCUAUAUCUAUUAUAUUUCGGUAAUCCAGCAAACAGGGGUAGGGCCGGGGAAAGGCUAUUCACUCAAUGUUCCCUUAAGGAGUUGGAUCAAUGAUGAGGAGUACGAAGGCUUGUUCCAGAAGGUGGUAGGGGCUGCGGUGGCUAAGUACAAACCAGAAGCCAUUGUCAUGCAAUGUGGCGCAGAUUCAUUAGCCAGAGACAAACUGGGAGAGUUCAAUCUGUCAUCACAAGGUCAUGCGGACUGUGUUCGCUAUGUCAAGGCUUUCUGUCUGCCGCUGCUGCUUCUGGGUGGUGGUGGUUAUACCAUUGAGAAUGUGGCCAGGUGUUGGGCCUUAGAGACGGCUGUGGCUGUUGGUGUUGAGAUCAGUGCAG